AUGAAUAACCAAAGAGUAACCUAUGCAGAACUGAAUCUGGCUAAGGACUCCAGUAGACAGCAAGUAAAACCUAAAGAUGCUAAGAGUUCCAUUUCAGUAACUGAGCAGGAAAUAACCUAUGCAGAAUUAAAUCUUCAAAAUGCUUCCCAUGAUCUUCAAGGGAAUGACAAGAACUACCACUGCAAAGAUUUUCCAUCAUGUCCAGAGAAGCUCUUUGCUGAGAUUCUGGGAGUCAUCAGUGUUGUCUUGCUGGCCACUGUGGUAGCAAUAGCUGUUAAAACCUCCACUGAAAAAUCAGAGCAGAAUAAUUACCCCUUGACAACAGGGAUCCAGAAAGCAUAUCAUCGUGGUGCUUGUUCAAAGGAGUGGAUUACGUAUUCCAACAACUGCUAUUACAUUAGCACUGAAAGAAAAACAAGGAAUGAGAGUCAGAUGUCCUGUGCUUCCAAGAACUCUAACCUGUUAUAUAUAGAUAAUGAAGAAGAAAUGAAUUUUUUGAACAUAUUCCAUUCUCAUUCAUGGAUUGAACUCUCCUACAGAACCAAUAUAAGAUUGUUGGUGUGGCCAAAUGGCUCAGCCCUCUCUUCCAAACUGUUCUCAAUAUCUUCAGAGAUGAGCAAGAAUUGUGCAUUUGUGUUGUUUAAGUCACACCAGUUUUAUACAGAAUCCUGUUUAGGAAAAAAACUAUACGUUUGUAAGCACCAGAAUCUUUGCAGUAUCUGAAGUUGGUAUAAUUCUAAUUUGCAAAGA